GUGGCGGCUUGGAGUAGGUAGUUCGGUAGGGAGGGAGAUCAAACUGCGCGCCAUGGGUUUCCCUUUACGCUUCUUAUCAUCAUUUUCGUUGUGCCUCUUGGCCCUCCUCCUCCACCGGGCCACGGUGACAAGUGGGUGUUUCAGCAUGGAGAGGGAGGCACUGUUGGACUUCAAAGCCGGCAUCCACGACACCCAUAACCGGCUAUCUUCUUGGGUAGGCCAAGACUGCUGCGCAUGGGAGGGGGUCAUCUGUGGUGCCACCACUGGCCACGUCGUCAUGCUCGACCUCCGGAACACAAAUAUUACAGAUGAUUGGGCAUUACGCGGUGAGGGGAUGAUGAACUCGUCAUUGCUUGCUUUAUCUCAUCUGAAGCACUUGGAUCUUAGCUUCAAUGAUUUCAGCGGGUUCCGCAUACCGGAAUUCAUCGGCUCCUUCAAGAAACUGAGAUACCUCAAUCUAUCUUCUACAAAUUUCAUAGGAGGAAUACCUGCUCGGCUGGGGAACCUUUCGAGCCUCUACGUUCUUGAUCUACGUGCUGCUUUAGAUUUUACAUCCCUCGACAACCUCGACUGGCUCUCCCAUCUUACCUCCCUGAAGCACCUGGACUUGAGCUGGUUGAACCUAACCGAUCUCCCAGAUUGGUUCUCAUCGGUGAACAUGCUGCAUUCCCUCCAAGUUUUAAAUAACAUGCUUGACGGUGGCUUAUCUUCAUCAAUCUGCCAAUGGACAUUUCUCGAAUACCUUGACCUUUCGAACAACAAAUUACUUGGUGAGAUUCCUUAUUGUCCGGAGGAGUCAUUACAAAAUCUUCGAUUCUUGAAUUUGGGCAACAAUCACUUCUCGGGUGAAAUUCCACACACGAUCGGAUUUUUAAGUGAGCUUCAGCUAUUGCAACUAAAAAAUAACAGUUUUUCGGGUGAGGUUCCUUUGUCAUUGAAAACUUGUACAAAUUUAUGGUUUCUUGAUCUGACUCAAAAUAAUCUUGUCGGAAGUAUAACGCUAUGGAUAGGAGAAAAUCUACAACAAAUGCAAGUACUUCGUCUACGUUCAAAUAUGUUUUCUGGAGUUAUUCCCUGGCAACUUGCUCGAUUUGAACAUCUUCACAUAUUGGAUCUUGCCAAUAACAACUUCUCUGGAUCAAUACCUCACAACAUUGGUAAUUUAAGUGCCAUGAGAUCUACAUCACAAUAUUAUGAUUUUUGUACUGUUGAAUUAGAUGUCUUUACAAAGGGACAAGAUCUUCAUUAUUUAAAAUGCAGCAUGCAACUUAUGAAAAGUUUGGAUCUUUCAAAUAAUAGUCUAACCGGAGAGAUCCCGAAAGGAAUUGGAGACCUUGCAGGACUCAAGAACUUAAAUUUGUCAAGAAAUUAUUUACAAGGAAAAAUCCCUUGGGAGAUAGGAGGAAUGAAAUCAUUAGAAUCCCUUGAUCUAUCGAUAAAUGAUCUUUCUGGUAGUAUUCCUGAGAGCUUAUCGGCUUUAUAUUUCUUGAGCUAUUUGAAUUUGUCAUAUAAUAAUCUUUCGGGAAUGAUACCAUUUGGUCAUCAACUUUAAACACUCAAUGAUCCAUCCAUUUACAUGGGUAAUACCGACUUAUGUGGACCACCCACUUCCUAAAGUUGUUUUGAUAAUAAAACAACUCAAAUUGAUAUACAAGAGCACGAGAAGGAGAUUUCCGAUUGGCUAUGGUUCUAUAUUAGCAUGGUACUAGGAUUUGUGAUGGGAUUUUGGAUAUUUUGUGGUAUUCUCUUCCUCAAAGAUGCAUGGAGGCAUGCUUAUUUCCAUUUCAUCAAUGAUGUGUAUGAUUGGGUUUGGGUGCAAUGGAAAUUAAUUCUUCCACGAUUGUUGAGACGUUAAUCCUAAAAUUUCUAGUGCGGAUGAUCCUAGGCUUUCCGGUAGAUGAGGAGAAGGUAUGUCAUCACUCUACUUUUUAUUUAUAUGAUAUUUUUGGAUUCCUAGAUGUUGGUUGUGAUAGAUGAAAAAAGAAUUUGUAUUGUUGAUUUAAGAAAGGAUGGGCUGCUAUAUUUAUGGAGUUUGAGAUCAAUUUCUAUGUAAGGUGGUUGUUUACGGUCUUCUUCUUCUAUUUGAUGCUUGCAUAAUUAUAACAUCGUGCAAGAACAGAUUUUUCUCUCUUACACGAUUCACUUGGUGCAUGCCUUUUCAAUAUCGGAAACUUCGACUUUGUCAUGCGCAUGCUUCAGAGAGUAAGUUUUAAAUUUGAAAGAGUAUAUAUAUAUGUAUGAUUUUGAAUUCCUAUUCAUUCCCUACCAAUCAGAGAGUAAAUAGAGCUAUAGAUUAAUUAUUCUAAAAUUAUUGAGUAUGUUGUGAUUUUAGAGAAACAAAUAGUCAUUCUCACAUAAGAAAGAAAAUAUUAUGAUUGUUUAUUGGAUUGGUUUAUAUUAUUCGAAUGAUUUGGAAAAGGAGAGUUUUGAUUACUAUAUCAAUUAUAAUAAUCUAUGAUAAACGUAAGUAUCGAAUGAUUAUGUCUAACUUGUUUUCCAAUUUAAUAAUAUAUUUGUUAAUAAUGAAGUUAUGUGAUUUGCAAACGUUAAAUUGGCUUUUGAAAAUAAGAUUUUCGAUAUUGCAUUUGUUUAAAAUAAGUAAAUUAUUUAAUUAUUAUAUUUUCCAAUGCUAUAUUGUUGGACAUAUUUCAAAUAAGGUGUCAAUAUGUUAUUUUAGAUGAUGGUUAAUUGUUCUCGAUUUGUUGGUUUUGAUUCAGACUUUAUUAAUUGUUGUUGUCACAAGGAUAAAUGUAUUACCUAUUAAUGGAGAUUAAAUAUGAUUUUGAUCCUUGUCACAAGGAUACAAUAUGGUCAUAGCCAUUAGCACUUCGACUUUUAUUUUAAUAUAUGCCCUUUAUUAUAGUUAUGACUAUCGAUGAAUUUAAAUAGGAAGGCAAUAGCUAAACUUAUACUGAUUUUUUAUUAAUUAUUAAUAAUCUUGGCAUUAAAAUGAAAUCUAUCCACUUAUGUUUUGUUAUGCAAAUGUAUUCAAAAAUUAUAUUAUCUUAUGUGCUUAUUAAGCUAAAAAGUUGUGAUUUGAAAAGCAUGUAAAGUUAUGUUUGCCCUUUAUAUAAGUGUAUAGUUUUAUAAAAUGCAUCCAUGAGAAAUUUUGCUAAUAUAUGAGUUUUGGUGUUUACUAAGUUGUGGUUGCUCAUAUCUUUGUUAAAUUUUUUCAGAUGCCUGCGAGUAGAUUGAAUUCGAUUAUGUAUCGAGACAAUAAAUUAUAUCGUUUAUGGUUCAAACUCUUGAGACUUGUGAUGUAAUAAUCCAUUAGUGGGAUGUCUUUGGUGAACUUAUUUAUGUUUGAGAGCUCAAUAUGUCGUUGCCGGAUAUUAUGGACAUAUAUGUUUUGUAUUGUGUCAAGUGCAUGGAUUUUGAUUUAAGUUACGUACAAGUUUAAACCUUGCAA